AUGUUAUUGAUUUGGAGUGUACUGAUCCCCAUUGUAUGUUUAUGGACGGUUGGCAUAAUUUUCAUGUGGUCAUUUGAUAGUAACGAUUCGAUUAAUACCUAUUCACUGUUUGACUCGGUUUGCAAGAAUGUCUACUUUAAACAAUGUACACAGUCAAGAAGUUCAUGGCUUAAAUGCAUCGGAAAUAUAAACAGACCGAACAGGCAACACAGACGGAACCACACGGAUCUAACGUCAAAAUGGCCACCGUCUUCUAUAUCCGGGUUGUUUGAUGAUGCGCUACCAAUAAUCAAUCUUGCUUUACGUGUUCCAGUUGCUAAGAAUGCUGAGAAUCCUUUCGAUAGCCCAUACUAUCGAAAAUAUCUACGCCUCACCACAAGAAAUGAGGACAACAUAAUGAGAUCCCCGGGUCUCUGGUCAUCCGGAUACAGUUUAUUUCCUCAAACAUUGGAUUUCGACAAAGUGAUAUACGAUUUUGAAAAGGGUUUUCCAUCAACCACAUUGCCAAUAAACAAUCCGGACAUAUUAGUAUUACGACUGCCAAAAAGUGUUUGCAACCCAUGUGGGAGAGAACGUGUUCCUGACUUAAUUGUUGUGAUCAAAUCCUGUAGCUACUGUUCGAAUGAACGGGACCAUGCACGAAAUACAUUUAUGCGGAAGCACUUAUGGUCGAAUAUCACUGUCCAAUUCGUCUUUGUUGUGGGUAUACCCUAUCCAAAUGAAUCAAACAUGUUCACAUUUGGUAAUUAUAAAUUUCAACUGAGAAAUUCUUGGUGGAGGUUAUCGAGGAAGCAUGACAGAGAUAGAUGGACAUUUAUUAAACGACUUGCAAUGGAAGCAGAUUUUCACGAAGACAUUUUGAUGCUGUUCACUCUGCCGAUACUUUUCAAAUCGUCAUAUCCCGUGCUAUUACAAACAAGAAGUGUUGUCAAUAAUUGUUUUAUAUUGAAUAUAUUUCCCUUAACAUUUUUUACUUGUUGA